AUGGGUCGAAGGAAAAUGAAUCUUACGCCUGAAGAAGAAAUUGAACAUAAAAGAAGACGUCGCGAAAAUAAUGCUGAAGCUGCCCGUCGUUAUAGGGCAAAACAAAACAUUUCUUCAAGUUUCACUAACACAAGAAGUAUUUCCGAACAUUAUAUUGGAAAAAUGGACGUAUACUGUUGUCAUUGUAACGCGAAACACUUUAAUGCUGAAAAAGUUGCAAAUAAAGGAAUGUCUUUCAAUGACUGUUGCCAUCAUGGUGAGGUUAAACUUGAUCCGUUACCGGAUUUCCCUGAAUUUUUAAAAUCGUUAUUUGAAAAUACUCAUCCUAAAUCGAAUAAUUUUUUCCAAUGUAUUCGUCGAUUUAACAACUCUUUUGCUUUUGCUUCGUUCAAUGCUAAUUUAACCGAUUUAUCUUCUCAACGUCGGGGUCCAUAUUGUUUUAAAAUACAAGGACAAAUAUAUUACCAAAUCAAUACUGCACUUUAUUCUUUACCAAAUGAAAGUCCAAAUUUUGGACAAUUAUUCUUUAUAGAUGCUCAAGAAGCUUUAGAAAUUCGUUUGAAAAAUAAUAUAGAGUGUGAUAGUGAAAUCUUGAAGGAACUUGACACUUUCAUGCGACAGAAUAAUGUAUUUGCAGAUUCUUAUCAAAUGAUGGCGAAGGAACUUAAUAAACAAUGUUCCAAUAGUAAUAAUAGUAAUGAUGACCCAGAAUUGCAUUUAAUGUUUACAUUGAAACCAGGUGUAGAUAAAAGACGGUUCAAUUUUCAACGAGAAAACGAAGUUGCUGUUAUCUUCUCAACAACUGCUGAUGGUGAAAUUCCGGAAUCAUAUGUUUCAGUGAUCAAUAAAAAUACUAAAUCUUUACAGUACGUUAGUACAAUGGAUCCAAAUGUUGAACCUUGGAUUUAUCCGUUAUUUUACCCAUUUGGUACUAGAGGAUGGCAUAAGAAUAUAUCUUACGUUCAUAAACAAAACAAAAAAGUUACGCGGAAUGAUUAUCAUAAAUACAGAAUAGCAAUUAGGAAUGAAUUCAAUGUUUUCUUAAUGGGACGCCGGUUAUUUCAACAAUGGGUCGUUGACAGUUAUGUAAAAACUGAAAAAGAUAGAUUGAAUUAUUUAAGGAAUAAUCAAAAACAACUACGUGCGGAAUCAUACCAAGGUCUAAUAGAUCAUUUAAAUAAAUGUCGCAACAGUGAAAACAAUGAUAACACUACUAAUAUUGGAAAAAUGAUAAUUCUUCCUUCAUCAUUUUCUGGAUCUCCUCGUAACAUGUUACAACAUUAUCAAGAUUCAAUGGCAAUUGUUCGAAAAUUCGGUAAACCAGACAUAUUUGUGACGAUGACAUGUAAUCCUAAUUGGCUUGAAAUUAAAGAAAAUUUAUUUUCAAAACAAACUGCUGCAGAUAGGCCAGAUAUAGUAACACGUGUAUUUAAUAUAAAAAAAAAUGCUUUAAUUAAUAUGAUUGUUAAAGAACGUCAUUUCGGAGAAGUUUUAGCUUAUGUAUACGUAAUUGAAUUUCAAAAACGUGGAUUACCUCAUAUGCAUAUGUUAAUAACGUUAGCAGAGAAGUAUAAAAUAACAACUCCACAAAUGGUCGAUAAAUAUAUUUGUGCUGAAAUCCCAAAUGAAUCCGAUGAUCCUAUAUUAUAUGAUAUAAUUACUAAAAAUAUGCUUCAUGGACCAUGCGGAAAUUGGUGUAUAGUAAAUGGAAAAUGUUCGAAACAUUACCCAAAAAAAUUUCAACAAGAAACAACUAUGGAUGAAAACUGUUAUCCUUAUUAUCGUCGCAGAGAUUUAGGAAUUAUUUUUACUCGAUCUCAAGGAUCUCACUUUACAAAUGAACAUGUAGUUCCAUAUAAUAGAAUACUUUCGAAACGAUUCAAUUCACACAUAAAUGUAGAAAUUAUUUCAUCCAUAAAAUCAGUAAAGUAUUUAUAUAAAUAUGUUUAUAAAGGACAUGAUGAAGCGCUCAUAACGAUAAAUGGAAAUGUUUCAAAUAGUGAUAAUAAUGCUACUAUUCAGUAUGAUGAAAUUUAUAAUCAUAUUGAAACUCGCUAUGUAGGACCAGCAGAAGCUGUGUGGAGAAUAUUGUCUAAACCAUUACAGGAAAAAAGUCAUAGUAUUAUAAGAUUACCGAUUCAUUUACCAAAUCAACAAAAUUUAUUAAUCAAUAAUGACUGUGAUGAAGCAGAAAUUAGAAAUGUUUUAGAAAAGCAAACUAUGUUAAUUGAUUUUUUUGCAUUGAAUGCACGUGAUCAGAAUGCUAAAAAGUAUAUUUAUACAGAUAUUCCUUAUCAUUAUGUAUUUAAAAAAGAAAAUAGAUCAAAUACUUUUCAUUGGGUACAGCGUCAAAAACAGUUUAAAGUUAUAAGUCGAAUGUAUUCAGUAAGUCCUUCACAAGUCGAAUUAUUUCAUUUAAGGUUAUUAUUAACAAAAGUAAAAGGACCAAAAAGUUACGAAGAUAUCAGAACAGUAAAUGGUCAUAUAUAUGAUACUUAUAUGAAUACUUGCUUGGCAUUAGGAUUGAUUGAAGAUGAUAAUGAAUGGGAACGUGCAUUAGGCGAAGCAGAGAGUUGGAUGAUGCCAUAUCAAUUAAGAUAUCUUUUUGUUCGUAUAUUACUGCACUGUUAUCCGAUGUAUCCUGAUAAACUUUGGGAAAAAUUUAAGAAGUCAAUGUCAGAAGAUUAUACAAUAAAUUUGGGAUCAAUUCUAGGUGAGAAAAAAGCAUACUUUCAUAUAAAUUCUAUACUCUGUGAUGAAGGAUCACAUAUAUCAAAUUUUCCAAAUAUGCCACAAAUGACAGAUUGGGAAUAUGUAGAUGAUAACGGAACAAUACAGGAAAAUAACCAUCGUGGAGCUCAGCAAUAUCAAACAUUAAAUGAGCAACAAAAAGAAAUUUCUAAAAACCGAAAUAUUUGUACUAUGGCUUACACAGGAAUUGCUGCUACGUUACUCCCAAAUGGGAAAACUCUUCAUAAAACUUUUAAUCUGCCUGUACCUCUUUUUUCUGAUUCAUCAUCAAACAUCAAAUACAAUUCAAAACAAGGCGAAUAUUUGAAAAACAUUGAUGUUUUUAUAUGGGAUGAAGCACCAAUGGCACCAAAAUAUGCUUUAGAAGUAAUAGACCGAACUUUACGCGAUAUGAUGAAUAGUGAGGUACCAUUCGGUGGAAAAGUAAUGAUUUUAGGAGGUGAUUUUCGGCAGUUACUGCCUGUAAAAAAAAAUUCAACUAGAACAGAAUUAAAUAUGCGUACAUUACCUUCAGAAGUCGAGUUUUCAAAAUUUUUAUUAAAUGUUGGUGACGGUACUUUGAAUGAUAAUAAUGAUAAUUUAACGUUACCAAAUCAAUCAAGAAAUGUAGAUGUUAACAGAAUAAAUAAUGAAACUGUCCAAUUAUUAGAUUAUGAUACUGAAAAAGUUUUUACAAGUAUUGACAGUACGGAAAAUUGUGAUAAUAGUGAUAUUGAUGAUGUUAUAUUACCAGAAUAUUUAAAUACUUUAAAUCCACCAAAUUUUCCAUUUCAUGAACUCAUAUUACGAAAAUUUUGUAUUGUUAUGUUACUUAGAAAUCUCAAUAUUAGUGAAGGAUUAUGUAAUGGUACAAGAUUAAUGAUUCUUGAACUUGGAAAUAAUAUUUUAAAAUGUAAAAUAUUAAAUGGAGAUAAAUCAGGUGAAAUAGCAUUCAUCAGCCGCAUUACAUUAUAUUGUGAAGAUAUUUAUCCUUUUACAUUCAAAAGAAGACAAUUUCCAAUUGUAUUAGCAUUUGCAAUAACUAUAAAUAAAGCACAAGAUAAUUUGAAACAAGAAAUAGAAUCUAUCGGAAUGGCUGACCCGCCAAUUUCAGAAAAUAUGAUAAAGAUGCUGGCUGAGAACCAGCAAAUUAUGUUGGAGCAACAGCGACAGAAUCAACAGAUUUUGCUGUGUGGAAAAGGCAGCAGAGUGGUGGCGGGGGACUUCAAUGCUAAAUCAACAGCAUGGGGCGCGGCGCAAACAGACAAAAAGGGAGAGGUGGUAGCAGACUUAGCCCUCCAGGAAGACUUAGUUGUAACCAACCAGCGCAACUUAUACAUAUUUAGAAGAGGCGUCACUGGCUCUAUUAUAGACAUUACCAUGGCGUCAGAGGACUUGUUGGACAGGGUGCAGGGAUGGAAGGUACUGGAAGAUAUGACUCUCAGUGACCAUCAGUACAUAGAGUUCACAAUACAUGGUAGACUGAGGGCGCCAAAAGCUGGUAUGAGAGAGUGUAGCGGUAAAGCCUGGGUGGUCAGAAAACUCUGUGAAGAAGACCUGUUAGCCCUUGCUAAGAAGGUGAGAGAAAAAAGGCUGGCUGGCAAGGAAGAUGAUAGUGACAUCUGGAACCCGGCAGAUCUAGUUGACUAUCUCGAGAUAGCGUGUAACAAGUAUAUACCGAAGAAAAAACCGGGAUGUGAGAAAAGGCAGCCGGUCUAUUGGUGGUCAGAGAAGAUAGCGGCCAAGAGGAGAAGGGCUCAGCGUGGCAGUACUGGUCACUACAACGAGGAAGCAAAUGCUGGAGGUUAA